UCGUUAGGCGGGACCUAUGACUGACAGCCGGUGGGCCGGGGCCGGGUCCGGGUCCGGGUAACGGGCGACGAUGGAGUCGGUGCGGCCUCAGCAGUCCGCGCCCGGUGGGGCUUUCCGCGGCCUGAUGCCCGGGGCCCCGAGCUCGGCGCCAGUGUUGGGGCCGAUCGCCAACCCCAAUCCCGGGCCUGGCGGCGGGGCGAGCCCGGCGGACGAGCGGAGUCGGGCGGUGCUGCGGGAGGCGGUCGAAGCGGUGGUGAAGAGUUUCGCCAAACACACACAGGGCUACGGCCGAGUGAACGUGGUGGAGGCCCUGCAGGAGUUCUGGCAGAUGAAACAGAGCCGAGGCGCUGACCUGCGCAAUGGCGCCUUGGUGGUCUACGAGAUGGUCCCUUCCAGCAGCCCCCCUUACGUCUGCUUCGUCACCCUGCCAGGGGGCAGUUGCUUCGGCAGUUUCCAGCUCUGCCCCACCAAGGCGGAGGCGAGGCGCAGUGCAGCCAAGAUUGCCCUGAUGAACUCCGUCUUCAACGAGCACCCUUCCCGCCGGAUCAACGAGAGCUUCAUCGAGAAGAGUGUGGCCGAGGCCCUGGCUUCCUUCAGUGGUGACCAGGAUGAAGCAGACAUUCCCAACACUGGAAUUGGAGCCUUCCGCUUCAUGCUGGAAUCCAACAGGGGGAAGUCCAUGUUGGAGUUCCAGGAGCUGAUGACAGUCUUCCAAUUACUGCACUGGAACGGGAGCCUGAAGGCGAUGAGAGAGCGGCAGUGUUCCCGGCAGGAAGUGCUGGCUCACUAUUCCCACCGGGCACUGGAUGACGACAUGCGGACCCAGAUGGCGAUGGACUGGGCGAGCCGUGAGCAGGAGGUGCCGGGGCUGCUGGGCCGCGAGCUGGGCUCGGCCGAGCGGGAGCUGGAGGAGGCACGGCUCGCUGGCAAGGAGCUGCGCUUCUACAAGGAGAAGAAGGAUAUCCUGGUGCUGGCCAUGAGCCAGCUGGUCUCCAAGCCCAACACCAGCUGCUGAGGGAUCCCCGGGCCUCCGUCACGCUCACUUUAUCCCACUGUGGGGGAAGUGCGGAGGGUGGAACUGUGCAAGACGCCUUCACCACCCCCUGCAAGCGCCCAAGCUCACUGCCCCACACCGUACGUCACUCCUGCUUCCCCACUUACCCCCAGUCUCCUCCUCCCUCCACACUCAGCUGACCUGCCCAAUGGGGAGGCCGCCACCCCAAACGGGGACUGUGGCUUCCUGGCGUGCACAGCUGCCUAUGUUCACUACAUUCAGUAUCACUUGGAGUUUUUGAAGCUACUAAUGUUCAGGAGGGAGGGAAAGAGAGAGAGAGACACCAGAUGUAGGGGAACGGUGCUGCUUAUGCUCCCCUCCCCCAGCCUGCAGUUCUCCACUACCCGUAUAGUAAUGUGCUGACGGGUUCGCCUGAUCGCAGUGGUUGGUGAGCAUCAGCCUCUCCUCCAUUGUGGCGUCUCCAUUCUGCAGAUGCUGGUAAUCUUAAGCAACACGUACAAGAUGUUGGAGGGAUUCGGCGGACAGGCAGUAUCUAUGGUGGGGUCUCCUAAUGAAGGAUCCUCCGCCUGAAACAUCAACUUUUUAUUUCCCUCCUUAAAGGCGACCUGACUUGGCAAAUUGCUCAAAAUUCUUUUAUCAUCAUCGCAUAUAUGGAGGUGAUGCCGUGAAAAUGUUGCACCCUUGCUGUCGUGCAAUCCAGAGCAUAUGGAUCCAUACGGAGAGCAAAUUGCUUCUCACAAUGAAUCCGAAGGAAUAGCAGAGACUUUGGCACCAGUCAGUGUUGAACUGCAUUACCGACUCCAUAUCGGAUUUACUCCUGAAGCCUUCCCCAAGAGUGGGUAUAGCCAUAAGGCAGUGGAGGUUUGAGAUCAGAGUUUUCCUUCUAGAUGGACUGCCAACUAUGGCUGAUGAGAGUCAUCUGGCCAAAUUGACUGCUUUUAAGGUACCAUUAACCCACCUCUGCUUCUCCUCUUAUCAGUAGAAACGGCUCUGCCAGGUUCGUGUGAUUUAGCUACUGGACUUGGUUAUCAGAGGUUAUUUGCGACGCAUGCCAUUGGGAGCAUUUAAUAGGUAGUGGGAGUGUAUCCCAUUACCAAUCCUGGCUGCAACAACUUUAAUGAAGGCAAGGUACAGUGAAAACACAGUACAGGCCCUCUGGCCCACGAUGUCGUGCCGAGCUUUUAACUCACUCUGAGAUCAGUCUAACCUUAUCCUUCCACAUAUGGAAGAAAGAAAAAUGUAAGGCUAUCCAAGAGAAAAGAUUUUGUCUGCAUGACAGAUCAUUCCACACGUGAAUAGAUCGAGGAACAGAGAGACGGUACAAAUGAGUGUUACAGUUGCAGAGAAAGUGCAGUGCCAACAGACAAGGGCCAUGAUGAGCUAGACCGGGAAAGGCUUCAGUGUACAAGAGCAGGAUAGAAGCUGUCCUGGAAUCAGGUGGGGUGUGCACUCAAGCUUUUGUAUCUUCUGCUCAACAGGAGGGGAAAGACGGAAGUGAUUUUGAAUCUUACAGUCUGCCUGCACUUUCUUUGUAGCUGUUACAGUUACACUUUGUUCUGCACUCUGUGUGAUGAUCUGAUCUGUGUGAACAGUGUGCAAGAGAAUCUUCUCACUGUCUCAGUACAUGUGACAAUAAUAAACCAAUUCCUAUUAUGUUGGCUGCUUCUCUGAGGCAUCGGGAAGUGUAGACAGAGUCCGAAGAGGGGAGCCUAACCUGUGUCCACAACACUUGUUUCUUGCAGUCGCGGGCAAAGUAGUUGCUGUACCAGAGUAAAACACUAAACGUUGGAGGAACUCAGCAGGCCAAGUAGCAUCUAUGGAAAGAAAUAAACAGUUGACACUUCGGGUCAAGACCUUUUGUCAGGUCUUGGCCCAAUAAGUCAACUGUUUACUUCUCUCUAUAGAUAUUGUUAAGAUGGUAUAUCUGUAAAAAGUGUUUUUUAAUCAUUUACGGGCUGUGGGCAUCGCCAGCUAAGCCAGCAUUUAUUGUCCAUCCUGAGGUGUUGGGCAGGAUUCCAUCAGUUUGACCUAGUGACAAUGAAGGAAUGGUGAUAUGUUUCCAAGUCAGGAUGGUGAGUAUCUUGGAGAGGGAUUUUCAAGCGGUGGUAUUCCCAGGUAUCUGCUAUUCUCGUCCUUCAAGGGUAGUGGUCAUGGGUCUGGAAGGUGCUGCCUUAGGAACUUUGGUGUGUUGUUGCAGUGCAUCUUGUAGACAAUACACACUGCUGCAACUGUUUGUCAAUGGUGGACGCUCGUGGAAGAGGCACCAAUCAAGUGGGCUGCCUUGUACUGGAUGGUGUUGAGUUUCUUGAGUGUUGAUGGAGCUGCACUCAUCCAUGCGAGGGACGAGUAUUCCAUUACACUCCUGACCUGGAGACAAUUUGCAAUCAUUGCUGUCACCUUAUUUAUUGCUCUUUAGGGCAUGUUUCCCAAGUUCAAAUCCUUGCCCAGUUCCAUCUUAAGGAAUUAAUUCUGAUUGAUUUAUCCAGUAUGCUAUUUCUGGAAAUGCAUCUUGAUUAUAAAUCAAAGGACAAGUUCUGGUCUCUCUCUGUCUCUGAUAUAAGGGGUAACUUUUAUACUCCGUUUUAUAUUCAUUAUAAAUCGUCAACAAUUGCUGCAUUUUGCAUAAAGAGCAGUAUUAUAUAUUUAAUACGUGGGGAUGUAAACGAUCACAGCCUUGUAUUUUUUGCCAAAAGUUCUCCUCACUUGUGUACUCUGUUGUGUAUUUUUGCCAGUAAAGUUCUCCUCGCAUAUAUUCUA